AUGGCAAAAAAAUCUAUAGUACAGAGAAAUCUUCGUAGAAUAAAAUGGUGUGAUCAGUAUGGAGAGAAAAGAGAAAGAUUGAAGUCUAUAAUAAACAUUACUUAUUGACGAGAGGUUUGCAGCUCAAAAUAAGUUAUAAAAGAAUUACCUAGAGAUUCAUCUAAAAUCAGAAUUAGAAAUAGAUGUGCUUUAACUGGAAGGCCAAGAGGAGUACAUAGAAAAUUUGGUUUAUGCAGAAUUGUUUUC